AUGAUUGGAGAACCAACAAACUUUGUUCAUACUGCACAUGUAGGAUCAGGAGAUGUAUUUAGUGGAAUGAAUUCAGUGAGUUCCAUCCAAAACCAAAUGCAGUCAAAGGGUGGUUAUGGUGGCAACAUGUCAGCGAAUGUCCAGAUGCAGCUGGUGGACACCAAGGCUGGAUAA